UUAUUCUUGUUCUUAUCGAAGACUAACUGAACAGAGAAACUACACACCGGAAGAGAGAAACCCCAACGACGACGAGGGAGAGAGAAGGGAAGGAUCUCGUGCAGCGCGGCCAUGGCGAACCAGGGAUCGAAGAAGAUUGUGGAGAGGAACAGGAGGCGCAUGGACCUCCUCUGGCGCAUAAUCCUCGUGUCCAACGUUAUUUACAUAGUAGUGAGGAUGGCCGUAAUGCAUUCUUCUUUCACCUGGAAGCAUUGGAUUGGCCUCGUGGUGACAUCUGCUGCAUAUUUUCUUUCAUACAAGCAACUCGCUAGUAUGACAAAGGCAGAAUAUUCUGAUGCGGACAAUCGUGAACUUCUGAGUUCGGGUUAUGACAUGGCCACUGGUGGGAUUUCCGAAUAUAUAGAAGAUGUGAUAUACAUCACUGCGUUUGUGCAGCUGACGUCCAUUAUUUCUGGAAAAUUUUGGUGGACAUAUCUAGUGAUACCAGCUUUUGGUGGAUACAAGAUUUUUUUCCUGUUGAAAGGAACAUUCUUCAGUGGUGGUUCAGAGGGUGAAGUCGAAGAUGAGAAGUCUCGAAAGAAAAGGGAGAAAAUGGAGAAAAAGGCGUCUAGAGGGAAGAUGGUCAAAACCAGGACCCGCUGAUAUGGCACAUACAUUCCCUAUUCCUUGGAAGAGGGUUGGUUGGUUUCUCAUAUCCUAGCUGUUCAACUAGAGUGCAAGCUGUUGGCGAGUUCGCUAACAUGAAUGCUAUGAUUCAUGCAUCAUUUGAUCCGGCAGCUAGCACAAAUGUCAACUAAUCUUUAAGUUAUGAAUACCAGCAUUGGUAUUUGUAUAUUUCCUGACCCUUCUGCUCCAAGCUAUGUAAACCAACAAUGAGGCAUGAUAACCAGACAUCUUAGUGACAAACUGAGUUUUCUCCCUUUCUUGGCUA